GAACUUAGGAAGGAAAAGUGCCAAGAUCAGGAACACAUCGGUGAUCCAAUUGACCAUGGCGAAGACAGACCUCAAGGACCUUUUGAAUAUGAAAGAGACCAAGGACGCAAUCGAGAAGCAGGGAGCCUUCGAAACGAUGACUCUGGCGGAAAUGGGCCUGAUGACCCUCCAGGAUGGGAAGGUCCACCGGGGCCACACCUUCGCCGAGAUCUACAAGGACACGGGCUACAACAAGUGGGUAGCCAGUCACAUCACCGAGAAGGGCAAUCACGGAGCCUCCAUGAAGCAGUACGCAGCAUACCUGCGUCGGCGUCUGGAAGCCGAAGUGUAUCAGACCGAACCAAUUCCAUCGGAGAAUCCAGAAAAAGGAAGCCUUCCACCUCUCUCGAAAGACCUGAACAUCAGGACGGACGAGGAAGAGAUGACGACAACGUCUCAGUGGAGCAAGGUGGAGAUUCUGGAAGAGGAGUUGGUGGAUCUUCGUCAGGGGAACGAAGCAAUCCAUUACCGCAUGGCUCGCAUCGAGGCAAAGAAAGGUGCUGAAGUUACCUAUCGAAAACUUAGCCAAGAGGAUCAGAAACUGUUUGAUCAGGCUAUGCGUAAAGAACUUGAUUCUUUCCUUUCUAGUGAAGCCAUUGCCAUUUGCACUUCCCAUGGAGUUCCAGCUGAUCGUAUCAUGCAGAUGCGUUGGGUCCUAACGUGGAAGAGUGGAGGUUCUGAUGAGAAAAUUGGUGGUGAACAGAAAAAGGCCAAGGCUCGGCUUAUUAUCAAGGGUUUUCAGGAUCCUCGUUUGACCACUUUACCACGUGAAUCACCAACUCUGAGUUCCUUGGGUAGAAACCUUCUCCUAGCUUGCGCGGCGCGAAGUCGCAUGCGUCUCAGUUCAGGAGAUAUCCGCACAGCUUUCUUGCAAGGUGAUGCCACGGAAUCCCAGGAUGAAUUGUAUGGAUAUCCUCCACCGGAAGUUCGUCAGUCUUCAACUAGUGCUGAAGCCCGAAUGAGUGCAAAUGCGUUGGACAUUCAUGAGUUCAAUAAACUGGGUUUCUGGGACAUGGACCAUUCUGAAAGGUUGGAUCUUCGUAGGGCUGAUGAUUACCUUUCUUCGUUUCUUUCGUGUUUGGUUUGUGAUGCUCGUAACAUUUUUGAUGGAAUUGUUCGUGUUGAGACUUCUGGUUUACAUAUGGAAGAAAAACGUACUGCUAUUGAAUUACUGGCUAUUAAAGAAAGGUUGAAACAGGCUAAUGUUAAUUUGAAAUGGGUCGAUGGGGAUCAAGAACUUGCGGAUGGUUUGACUAAACCUUGGAGACAUGAGCCCCUUAUCAAAGAUUUUUGGGAAAAGGAGAAUGGCGAAUCGUGUAUGAUCCGGAUUUCCAGUCUGCCCGGAAGAAAAGAGCGAUGA